AUGUCCGAGGCGCGUCGCGGUAGCCCUCGCUCCAAGGCCCAAGCUCCAGCCGUACAUCCACCCCCGACACCAUCUCCAACUACGCGGGGCAUCAAGCGCAAGGCUGAAUCAAACUGGACGGCGAUUUCGAGCUCGCGUUCGAGUUCGGUCGAGAUUCUCGAUGGACCGCCCGAGCCUAAGAAGACGACCAAGACCGUGAACAGAUCGCCCUCCCUCGAGAUUCUUGACUCGCGACCACCCAAGAAGUUGAAGGGUUUCGAGCCCAACCUCCCCAGUCGUUCCAUCCCAUCUUUGAACGUGCGCGAUCGCAGAGGUUCUACGUUCUAUCGCGCAAACGAGUCGGUCCUCAGCCGCGUACUCCGAGCCGACUUCAAAUACGUCUACCAACUCGCCCUCCUAAGCUCCGAGCUCAAGGAAAUAUUCGCCGGCGCCCCUCCUAUCGACGCAGACCCCUCAUCCGCCGGCCCCGACGCCGAAGAAGCCGGCAAGAGGAAACCCAUCGAAGGUGACUGCCCCAUAUGCUUCUGCGAAUUCGACCUCAACGAGAAGGAAGCCAUCACCUGGUGUCGCGCGGCCUGCGGGCAGAAUGUGCACGCGCACUGCUUCCGCAUGUGGGCCGCCACCAAAUGUCCCGGUCAUGAAUCCGAGGCGACGUGUCCGUAUUGUCGGAGCGUGUGGGGUGUUGAGCUUGACCCCGUGGCAGUUAUGAAGAGGACAGGCCAGCUUAACGAGGAGGGAUACGUGAAUGUGGCGGAUCAGUUGGGAAUUUCGAGCGUAAGAGAUGGAGGACUUGUCAACAAUACCGUCCGCGUGAGACGGACUGGCAGCGACGGCGAUGGCACCGAGGAACCAGAGAGCCUCAUUCUAAAGUAUGCGCCGCCCUACGUCGCUGCCGCGGGACCUGAUUUUCCAUUUUCCCAGGAGCGCCAGGUAGUGGAAGCUGCAGUACUCCGCGCUUUCCGCGGCUCGAGCCCAUUAUCCGACCUGCCCGCCGAAGGAUCCAUCACUAUCCCGACGGUGGUUGACCACGACCCCGCGUCUUCUGUUCUCAUCCUCGAGGACUUAGGACCUUUGGCUACUCUGUGGGACCUGUUAACGCCUGCUGCCUGUGCACGUGUACCAGAGGCGGAGAUCGAUGAUGCCUACGGAAAAAUAGGCGAGCGCAUCGGCCGCUUCUUCGCCAAGGUCCACUCGAAGGAGACUUUCACAAUCCUCUCAAGCAACCCCAACAUUUCAAAGGUCCUUUCUCAAAACCUCACGGAAAAACUAGUGAGUGACGUCGCCGUCGCGCCCGUCAUAGACCACCUCAGAGAAUGCUCCAUCCCCGACGCCGAAAGGAUUCAUGAGAGGGUUACGCAGGCAUACCGUACUCCCACCGUCCUACCGCGCUUUUCGCUCGGAGACUUUCAUCCCGGGUCUGUCCUCGUAGAGUCGUGGGAGGACAAACCAUACGUCUCUGGGGAAACGCGCAAGUUGGCAGUUAUUGACUGGGAAUUCGCCAACCUUGGGGGUGGUGGCGUCAGCAGUGACGUUGCUCAAUUCUUGGCCGCUCUGCAUGGACCUAUGAUACAUCUGGAAGAGGACUCUCCGCUGUACAAAGCUUACAGGGCGCUGGCUACGGGCUUUACGAGGACCUAUGCCGAGGACGCGGACUACAAUAGAGAAGAGGGGGGCGUAUCCGGGGAGGACAAAUUGACGCUCUUGCGGGAGAGUUUGAUUCUUCACGGAAGGGAAAUGAUCAACCUGGCGUUCGAGAGGAAGGAGGAAUGGGGGAGUGACUCGAUGGUGACAAUCACGGCCAAAGGAGCGUGGUAUGUGAGGAAGGCGGGAGAGGAUGUGGAGGGAAUGAGGGAGGAGGAGAACUGGGCGGCACUUCGGGCAGGAGAUGAUGGGUUCAUCCUGGGCUUGUUUACAUUGAGGUAG